AACACAUGUUUUUGACGUUUGUGUUGAUGAAACGGAAUUCGAUCACUUCAUAAUCCUAAGGUUUAUAGAAUAAUAAUAAUAUCAAAGAGUAUUUAAGUAGUAAUUAUACCGAAAGUUACGAUAUAAUACAGAAAACAAUGCCUUCAUCUGAUUCUUUAGACAGUGAGUCGGACAAUGAAAGACAAGAAUUCUCAAGACUGGGUGAUUGCGAGGUCUGUGGCGACAAGAAAGCCAUUUAUUCGUGUCCAAAAUGUGAGGUGAAGACCUGCUGCCUUACCUGCGUAAGGGUCCACAAGAAGGAGUUAGAGUGCGACGGCGUGCGAGACCGCACCAAGUUCAUUCGGGUUAAGGACUUCACGGACACAGACCUGCUGAGUGACUACAGGUUGCUGGAAGAAUGCGCGCGCUUCGUCUACGGAGUUAAAAGAGAUGAGAAGAAGAGAUUCACAAGGAUUGAUAAGGAGUUACCUAUUCACUUAUACAAAUUGAAGAUGGCUGCGAGAAAGAGAGGCAUUGUCCUUCAGUUCCUUGCUCAGAACUUCUCUCGACACAAGUGUAACUCUACGAGGUACAACUACAAGACCAACAUAAUCAGUUGGAGGGUAGAGUGGAUCUUCCCCAAUGUGGACUCUGAUCCUCUCAAGUUUAUAGAUGAGAAAUGUCUAGAACAUAAGAAAUUGUCAGAAUUCCUGGAUAAAUACUUAAAUCCUGCUGCACCACCUUUUGAAGGGUCUAAGUCACUGACUUACUACAAGUCUGUGGGGUUUAGUGGAGUCAAGAUUUUACUUAAAGCUGAAAAAGUGAAAGGAUCAGCAAAGAAGUUUUUUGAAUUGGACCCCACUGAAACUCUUGCUGAAAACCUUUCUGGAAAAUGUAUUGUGGAGUUCCCCAUCAUAUUUGUUGUGUUAAAGGAUCAUGCAUACAAUUUUGAAAUCAUUACACCAGAAGAUGAGUUUGAUUAUGACAAAGAAGAACAGACAGAUUCCAAAGAAGUUGAAGCACCAAAAUUCGAGAAAAGUGAAGAACCAGUAGUUAAUGGUAAUAUUGUAAACUGUCAUAACAAUGGAAACCAGGCAGAAUACAAACAAAUAAACCACAGAAAGAGACCAAGGCAACUUCUUACUGAAAAAGUAGCUCAAGAAAAGAAGAAAGAAAUAGAAAAGGAGUUGAAAGCAGAAAAAAAGAAGAGACCAAAAAAUCUGCUUUUCACAACUGGUUACUCAUCAGAAGAGAGUAUAGUGGAUAGUGACAGUGAGAAAGAAGAAAAUUAGAUAUAAGAAGUAUACUUAUGUAAGACAUUAAAAGUUAUUUCAUUUUA